CAAAACGGUGAGAAAAUAAAUGCUUUGCAUCAAAUUAUACAGAGCAAUUUCUGUUUUUUUUUUCUCUUUAGCAUUUGUUGAGUGCAUUUGUGAAAAAAACAACAACAAUGGAGUCAAUUUUAUGGAACUUAGAAGACAAAUGGAAGCUCACAACUCAAAAAUCAAUUGCAUUUUUCAUUUGCAUUUGCUCCUUAAUCAUUGUAAUUUGUUUGGUUACUAUUUGUUUUAAAAGAAGGGCAACCACUAGGAGAAAGGGGUUAGUGGGCCAAGACCCCACGGAUAUCGACGUAGAAUGGUCUGAAUCAAAGUUAUUGAGUUUGAAUAGUUCGGUGAAGAAAGUGCUGACAAGUACGGUGAGGUGGAGUGGGCCAAGUAAGUGGGAGGAGCGUCGGAGUACGGAGAGAGCUUCUCCGUUACUCGAGGGCGAGUCUGGGGAGUGGCAUAGUCACAACUCGGACUCGCCCGUGUGGCAAAGGCCAAUAUUGAUGGGUGAAAAGUGUGAGCUACCGAGGUUUAGUGGGCUUAUUUUGUAUGAUGAGAGAGGAAGGCCGGUGCAUCGUGUUGACAAUGAUCGAUUCAUCGUUAAUCAGGAAAAUGUGGAUGUUGUUGGGAGAACUACUCUGAAGGACUUGUUGCUAUGAAUUUUGAUUUACUAUAUUCACAAAUUUUUGUAUAGUAAAUAUGUAUCAACUUAUGAGAAGCAAAAAAUUUAAGCAACCUAGCAUAUUGUAGAUGCAUAUUUUGUGUUUUUAUAAAAGAUCAUUUUCAUA